AAUACGAACUCCGAAGAGUUAUCAAAAACAAAUAACAACAAUAACAAUUUGGCAGACACCAACGACUUGCUACUACCUGCACCACCGAAUGAUUCGCCCGGUAACGCUACCAACAUAAACGAUGCAAACAAGCCCGCGCAGAAUACGACUACCGAAGUGUUAUCAGCACAGAAUAUGAACACCGAUGAGUUAUCAAAAACAAACAACAAUAAUAAUCUGGCAGACACUAAUGACUUGCUACUACCUGCACCACCGAAUGAUUCGCCCGGUAUCGCUUCCAACAUAAACGAUGCAAACAAGCCCGCGCAGAAUACGAAUACCGAAGUGUCAUCAGCACAGAAUGCGAAUACCGAAGAGUUACCAAAAACAAACAACAACGAUAAUAACAUAAACGAUGCAAACACCCCCACGGAUGCUAAUGUCGCUGCUUAUGCUAAUCGGGUUUCUGCCCCAGUGAAUGCUUCUAAAGUUACAAAAUCAACUGUAUACAAACCCAGGAAUCCGUCCACUAUUGUUGUUGGAAGUAACUUUAAUGUAAAUCUUGACUUAGCCGUUCGUCUGAAAUGGUUACAUCUGUCGUCCUUUAAGCCGUCUGUUAAUGCUAGCGAUAUUAUCGACUUUGUGUCGAGAACAACAAACAUUUCUCCAUCUUUUUUUCACUGCCAUAAACUUAUUAAGAAGGGCAUAGAUCCAUCAUCGUUAGUAAGAUGCAAUUUUAAACUUGGGAUCUCGCCUACUAUUUAUAGCAAGUUGCUUGACCCAUCUAUAUGGC